AUGGACCCGAGUGAUGGAGGCCCAGAUGAGUUGCCACCACCACCUCCUCUGCCUCCCGACGUGGUGCCCAUCAAAGAAAAAGAAGAUGUCGCCGAGGAACUGCCUCCAAACAAGCCAGCAAAGCCCAAAAGGCUCCCAAUGGCCAGGCCUGGGCUAGGGAAGAGAGGGCACACCAUCCAACUACUUGCUAACCACUAUAAAGUCUCCCUGAAGGGUUCAGAGGAAUUUUUCCACCACUACCAUGUUAAUCUGAAGUAUGAGGAUGAUCAACCUGUUGUUGAAAAGGGGAUAGGGAGAAAGGUGCAGGAUAAACUGGUGCAAAUGUACCAUUCCGAUCUUGCCAACAAGGACUUUGCAUAUGAUGGUGAGAAGAGCCUCUUUACAAUUGGGGCUCUUCCCCAAGUACACAAUGAAUUCACUGUAGUAUUGGAAGACAUUGGAAGUGGAAAGAGCUCUGGAGGUAAUAGUGGCAACAGUCCUGAAGGUAGUGACACGAAGAGAGUGAGCAGGCCGUACCAGUCAAAGAUUAUAAAAGUGGAGCUGAGCUUUGCGGCGAAAAUGCCUAUGGCCGCAAUCGCGCAGGCCAUUAGAGGUGAAGAAUCAGAGAACUCCCUGGAGGCUAUUCGAGUUCUUGAUAUCAUACUGAGGCAGCAUUCUGCAAAGCAGGGCUGUCUUCUAGUCCGCCAAUCAUGUUUCCACAAUAAUCCUAAAAGUUUCAUUGACUUGGGCGGUGGUUUGUCGGGAUGCCAAGGAUUUCACUCAAGUUUCCGUGGUACACAAAGUGGGCUCUCCCUAAAUAUUGAUGUUUCGACUACCAUGCUUGUUAAACCUGGUCCUGUUAUCGAUUUUCUUCUUGCUAACCAGAUGGUUCGUCGCCCUGAUGAAAUUAACUGGCAAAAGGCCAAGCGUACCCUCAAGAGCUUGAGGAUAAAAACCACUCACACAAAUUCAGAGUUUAAGAUAGUUGGUUUAACUGAGAAAAAUUGCAACGAACAAACGUUUCCAUUGAGGCGGAGGAACGGUGACAACGGAGACACUGAUACUGUUGAAAUGACAGUCUAUGAUUACUUUGUACAGAACAGAGGCAUAGAACUGCGCUAUUCUGGUAAUCUCCCAUGUAUCAAUGCUGGGAGGCCAAAGCGUCCAACUUACUUCCCUGUCGAGCUUUGCACGCUUGUUCCUCUGCAAAGAUACACCAAAGCUCUGUCUACUCUUCAGAGGUCCUCACUUGUCGAGAAAUCCAGACAAAAGCCUCAUCAAAGAAUGUCAACUCUUGAUGAUGCACUUAAACGUAGCGACUAUGACUCUGACCCCAUGCUGAAGGCAUGUGGCAUUACAAUUGCCCGAAACCUUACUCAAAUUGAAGGGAGGAUCCUGCAAGCACCCAAGCUGAAAGCCGGUAAUGAUGAAGAAUUCGUCCCACAAAAGGGUCGUUGGAACCUUGCGAGAAAGAAGCUGAUCCAGACCUGUUCUGUUACGAGGUGGGCAGUUGUCAAUUUCUCUGCAUGUUGUGAUGCUCGUGGUCUUGUCCGAGACCUUACAAGGAUUGCAAUUGCAAUGGAGAUUGGGGAUUGA